AUGUUAGCAGGCAACCAAACAUUUGUUGUGGAGUUCACUCUGCAGGGACUCUCAGAAGACCCACAGGUUCGGGCCCUGCUCUCGGUCCUUUUUGUCCUUCUCUACCUGACAGCUAUUGUAGGAAACGGCCUCAUCAUUAUACUCAUCACUGUGAGCCCAGGUCUGCACACCCCCAUGUACUUCUUCCUUGUCAACCUGGCUCUUUUGGACAUCAUGUGUACAACCACUGUCAUCCCCAAGCUUCUGGAGAGCUCAUUGAUCCAAUUGGACACAAUCUCCUAUCAAGGCUGCUUGGCACAAAUCUUCUUCCUGAUCUGGUCCCUUGCUUCAGAGCUGUUGUUGCUUACAGUCAUGGCGUUUGACCGCUAUGUGGCCAUCUGUCAGCCACUGCGGUAUGGCACCAUCAUGAGUUGGCCACUGUGUACACUGCUAGCCAUAGGUGUGUGGACAAUCACUCUAGUCAAUACAUCCGUGAACACAGGCCUCAUGGCACGGCUGAACUUUUGUGGCCCCAACCACAUCCAGCAUUUCUUGUGUGAAGUCCCUUCACUGCUCUUGCUGUCGUGUAGCUCCACAGUCAUAAACAAUGUCAUGAUUAUCAUGGCUGAUAUCUACUUCGGUGUGGUCAACUUCAUUCUCACGAUGACCUCAUAUGGCUACAUCGUGGCUAGCAUCCUACGUAUCCGCUCAGCUUCGGGCAAGCGCCGAGCCUUCAAUACCUGCUCCUCCCACCUCCUAGUGGUCACCUUGUACUAUUCCACUGUCAUCUACAACUACUUAAUUCCUGGCUCUGGUGAAGAUAAUGCCAAGGAUAAUGGCAAGGUGGUGACUGUGUUGUACACAGCAGUCAGCCCUGCCCUGAACCCGCUCAUCUACACCUUGAGGAACAAGGAUGUAAAAGCUGCCCUCCAGAAGGUGGCCCCUGUCUCCUGGUGA